AUGGAAAAUGUCUUGAUGGCUUCUGAGGUGAUAAAAGGUUACCAUAAACCCAGUCUGUCUGCUAGGAUCACACUGAAAGUAUACAUAUCAAAGGCAUUCGAUUCUGUAAGGUGGGAUUUCAUUCUCAGUGUCCUGCAGGCUCACAAUGUGCCCGAAGAUUUUUUUAAAGCAGUUAGGGCUUGUAUCUGCUCUCCCGCCUUCUCUGUGAGUAUCAAUGGAAGAACUUCCGGUUACUAUAAAGGCAAAACAGGGAUCAGGGAAGGAGAUCCUCUUUCUCCUUCUCUGUUUGUCAUGGUGAUGAAUGUCAUGUCUCUUAUGCUGAAUAAAGCUGCGAAAGCAAGAGUUUUUAGGUUUCAUUCGGGCUGUGAGGAUCAAGAGCUUACUCAUCUAUCCUUUGCUGAUGAUUUACUAAUCUUUCUGGAUGGCUCUCUGAAUUCUGUACAAGGAGUCUUCUCGGUCCUGAAAAAAUUUGAGGAACUCUCUGGUUUGGCUGUCAAUAUUUCAAAAACAAGCAUGUUUUGCUCUGGGGUUCACCAGGUGGUUUUGGCUGAUAUAAAGUCUUAUGUGGGUCUCUCACCAAGCUCUCUCCCAAUUCGUUAUCUUGGAUUGCCUUUGUGCACAAGAAAGUUAUCUGUCGCUGACUCUGAUCCUUUGAUUACUCAAAUCAGAAAUAAGCUAAACAGCUGGACCCAUCGGACCUUAAGCCUGGCAGACAGAUAUACUCUCUUAUCUAUGGUGAUCCCUGGCAUAGUAGGCUUCUGGAGCUCAGCGUUUUUCCUACCCAAGGCAGUAAUCAGACGGAUUAACUCCCUUUCUAGUGCUUUCUUCUGGCACGGGUCUACUGAUUCAGCAAAGGGUGCUAAGGUGGCGUGGUAUGAUUUAUCUUUCCCCAAGAAAGAGGGAGGACUGGGUCUUAGAAGUUUGAGAAGUUGGAGUGAAACUUGUGGCCUUAAACUAAUUUGGAUGCUCUUCUUCAGAGCAGGCUCAAUUUGGGUAGCCUGGAUCAGAGAAAAGUAUCUCUCUCACUCUCCAUUAUGGGCCCUAAAUGGAAAAAAUUACGAGUUUUCUUGGAUGUUCCGUCAGUUGUUGAAGCUCAGAGGUAAAGCUUUCCCUCUCCUUCGUACUCUGAUUGGAAACGGUGAGGACACCUUUUUCUGGUGGGAUCCGUGGACGCCGUAUGGUCCUCUGAUCCACUAUAUUGGCUGUGACGGACCUUCUUUGAUGGGCAUUCCCUUAUUCUCAACAGUCAGUGACCUUAUUACACCUCAAGGGUGGCGUCUUCCGUCGGCAAGGUCGGACAAGCAACUUAAUCUUAUGGCGUUUAUCACUACUAUGCAGCUUUCGUUGUCAAAUGAUCAAAUGGUUUGGGUUAUUGAUGGUGUAAUCCAGAAAGAUUUCUCCUCUAGUCAAGUUUGGAAUUUUAUCAGAGAUUCCAAACCGGAGGUAUCUUGGGCCAAUCUAAUUUGGCAUAAAGCAAGGAUCCCAAAGCAUGCUUUCUCUGCGUGGUUUUUUGUUCUGAACCGAAACCCAACGCUUGAUAGGAUCACAAGAUGGGGUUGUGAUGUAGAACAAACAUGCCUUUUAUGUGGGAACUCAGAGGAAUCGAGAAACCACUUGUUCUUCAGUUGCAUUUUCUCGUUUCAAGUGUGGCAAGAGGUACUUCUUAAAUUGAGCCUUGUAUCUCCUCCUUCUUCUUGGGAGGCUGUUCUGCUAUGGCUUCCGGUGGCUUCUUCCAACAAGGUGAUUUCUCAAGCUUUACUUCUAGCAUAG